GUACAUUGUAGUAUGGAAUAGCACGAUACUUCGAGAUGUCAGGCAUUUAACUUUAUCAAUCAGCAAUUCUUGAUUAUCAGAACACAUAUGCAUGGCGUCGACAUACAUACUACUCCAAAGAUAAAUCCGCAAGUUGGGUGGCAUCAGGAAGCUGAUGCGGUGCCUACCCCUCCCCCUAUCUACGGUAAAACCAACAAUAUUAAAACCGUCUCCAAAAUAUAAAGAAAUUCGCAUUGAAAUUUGACUGUUCUCUAUACCAAGCUCUCAUCGUUUCUAUAUGACUAUAUUCCACCCCGAAUAAACUCAUCCAUAAUGACGGUACUUCCAGCUCGCAGAGCCGCUGCGUUUCCCAUCCAGAAGGGCCAGCAUCUUAAGAUCACCAAUACACAUGGCAAACAAGUAGUUGAUUUCUGGGCCUUCAAUCCCAACAACAGUCAUGAUUACCUCUCAAUGGGGCAUUCGCGCACCAUUCUAGUCUCCAUAUCGCCGCGAGUUGGCAACAGCCUCUACAGCAACCUCCGGAAACCUAUGCUCACGUUGGUUGAGGAUACGACGCCGGGUGUACAUGACAUGGUAUGGACAGCUUGCGACCAGGAACGCUACCGCAUGCUCGGCGCUGUUGAAUAUCACGACAACUGCCAUGACAACAUGCACCAGGCUCUUAAAGAGAACUUCCCGGCAGACCAGUAUCCUAACCUCCAGAUCUCAGAUGAUUGGAUUCCUGACCCCCUGAACCUUUUCAUGAAUGUCGCAAUUGACCACCGCGGAGGGCUGGACAUCCGGCCGCCAGUGAGCGAAAAGGGCCGGUAUGUUGUGCUGAGGGCGGAGACGGAUUUGGUGAUUGUGAUGAGUUCUUGUCCUCAAGAUAUGGCUCCCGUUAAUGACGGAAUGCCAGCGGACUGCGAGUAUGAAAUAUUCGACGAUGCAACUCUCGCGACCGUCAUCCCCCGCACCCUUACUAAGCGCCCAAAGCGUGUCAAGGUUGCGCUCUCCUUUGAUUUCGACGCCGUUUCCCACUGGCUCGGAACGGGAUGCCACCCGGACAACAAUAUGGCCGACUACAGCACCGGUAUUUUCGCUGGUCAGGUUGGUGCGAUUCGUUUACUAAAUAUGCUGAAGAAGAAAAACAUCGCAGACAAAGUCACUUGGUUUAUCCCUGGCCACACUAUUGAAACCUUCCCUAAUUCAGUCAAGAAAGUCGUCGAAUCGGGUGCUGAAAUCGGACUCCAUGGCUAUUCCCAUGAGGGUAUCUAUCAGAUGACUCCUGAGCAAGAACGCGACGUCCUAGUCAAAUGCAUUGAAAUCGCUACGAAGUUGUGCAAUGGCCAAAAACCCCGUGGCUACCGUGCACCUAUGUACACUAUCCGAGAAACCACCGUAGAGCUUCUUCGCGAGUUCGGCUUCCUGUACAACUCAUCUCUCAUGCACCAUGAUUCUCAGCCAUACUGGACUCCAGCCGAUCCGCCUAUACAGAAGAUCGACUUCUCAAAGCCUGCUUCCUCUUGGCUGAAACCAACAUAUAUCACCGAACCCACUAUUGGACCGCUUGAGUCUGGCGAACAUCCAUUGGUCGAAAUUCCCUGCGGCUGGUAUAACGAGGAUAUGAUGCCACUACAAUAUCUCCCACACCUCCCUAACAGCAUGGGAUACGUGUCUACCAGAGUGAUAGAACAGAUGUGGAAGGAUAAAUUUAUGUGGUUAUGGGAGAAUGCCCCCAGUGCGGAGGGCGAGGCCGACAGCGAGAGGGCUAGCAACUCGGCUGAUUUUGUUUUCCCCAUCUUGAUGCAUCCCGAUACCUCUGGAAUGGCACACAUAAUUGGGAUGUCGGAACGUAUCAUCAGUUGGUUACAAGGGUGGGGAGAAUCUGUGCAAUUCCAUACACACGAGGAUAUCGCCAAGGAAUGGCUGAAAGAGCAGAAGUCCCACGAGUAACGCAAUGUAAUUUCUGCGAUGGUAACUAUCCGUUAUUCCUACCAUACCUAUCUACCUGGGGCACCUAUUUUUGAUAUCAAAACAGUGCUAGGUUCGUCAUGACUUAUGAUAAAUAUGAUUCUUG